AUGCCGCAUCCCUCUACGCUGGACGCUGCGAGAGGACGCCUUCAGGCCAGAUCCGGUAGGGGAACGAACGGAUCCGUCCAUGGAGGUCCUGGAUCCGGUCGUGGAGGUCCCGGAUCGACCCCAGCAAAGGCUGACACCCGUUUACCCCAGGGAGCACCCUCGCACCCCGCCCGGAGCAACGAGAGAGGAGGGAGGCAAUGCAUCCUUACCUAUGCCCUAUUGGUCCUUAUCAGUGGAACAGUGGUGGCUAUAACAGUGUACUUCUUGCUUUGUAUGGCAUUCUAUGCUUUCUUCUCUCCAUUUCUUGGGAAGGACUUGUAUGAAUAUAUCGCUGUGGGUAUUUAUAGUUUUCUGGCCUUAUCCGUGCUGAUUCUAUAUGUUAGAUGUACUGCGAUUGAUCCCGCUGACCCUGGCAUCCUGAUUUCCAUGGAUGGCACACUAUUUUAUAAAUCAGAAGCACCUGUAGACACUCAAGAAGAAGCUGGUAAGCCAGGAUUGAGAACCGGUGACGGUGAGGAUAUCCAAAAGCAUAAAUCAUGCUUUGGAAGGGUUUGUUUUUGUUGCGCUAUUUUUACAACUGGGGACUGUCGCGAAGAGGAUGAAGCUAACCAUGAAGAAGAUUAUGGUGAAGAGGCACUCUUUUGCACCCUUUGCAACGCGGAGGUGCGCACACAUAGCAAGCAUUGUCGGAGUUGCGACAAGUGCGUUGAUGGGUUUGAUCAUCACUGCCGAUGGCUGAACAAUUGUGUUGGAAGAAAAAAUUAUAUCACAUUUUUAUGCCUUAUGGCUGUGAGUCUGGCUUGGCUUGCUGUUGAGUGUGGAGUUGGUAUUGCUGUUUUUGUUCGUUGCUUCACUGAUAAGACGGCAAUAGAAGAUCAGAUUGUGGAAAAGCUGGGCUAUGGUCUUUCACGAGCACCCUUUGCAACCAUUGUGGCCCUGGCUACAGCUCUUUCUAUGCUUGCUUCAGUACCACUAGGAGAACUAUUUUUCUUCCAUAUGAUAUUAAUCCGGAAGGGCAUAACAACUUAUGAAUAUGUUGUGGCCAUGAGGGCUCAGAGUGAACCUCCUGGACCUUCUGUCAUUGAUGACCAACAAAGUUUGGCUUCUUCUCCAAUGAGUUCUACACCAACAGGUUUUAGUGGGAGCUUGUUUGCACGGCACUACAAAGGCGCAUGGUGCACUCCCCCACGUAUCUUCAUUGACCAGGACGAAAUCAUCCCACAUCUGGAGCCUGGCCGAGUCCCUUCAACUGUUGAUCCUGAUACCACAGACCCAAUGGAAAGAAUCAAAACCCAUCCUAAACGUCCAGUCCGCAUCAGUGCGUGGAAGCUUGCGAAGCUCGAUUCAAAUGAGGCCAUGAAAGCAGCAGCAAAAGCCAGAGCCUCUUCGUCCGUGCUGAAACCGAUCAAUACCCGCAACCAGUAUGAGGCAGACAGUGAUAACCUCAGUACCAGAAGCAGUGUCAUAAGUGCUGAUACGGGACACCAUAGGUACCCUCAGUCUUGUGGGAAUUCGCAGUACAAGCCCUCUUAUCCACCCAGCAGAGCAAGUGCAGAUGACAUCGAGCUGUACCCCCAGACACCGAGCAGCUUCCAGAGCAACUCACGGACUCCAACUCCUCUUGCCGAGCACCAUCCCUCCAAGCAUUUCAACCCAAUCUACCAGACAUCAGCAAACAGGUCUCCAUUCUCAGCAAAAGCAAGUGUCAGUGAAAUCACCAACGCAGGGAAGUCCUACCCUCCACCACAAGCGGACAGAUCCUCCCGGUCAUCUGUUUACUGGGAUCAGGAAGCUGGCAGGUUCAUGUCUGCGCAGGCAAACCAGGGAUCCAGCUCUCGCUCUGGCCAUCCUGAGCUUCUAUACACCGGGCAGUCCAUAUUCUUUGGUGGACCUCUGAUUGCAGACCCUGCAGCAAGAAGCUUCAGAGAUCCUGGUGGUUCGAGCCAAAGGUCUGCCGGGCCUCGGCCGCACCAGCUCCCGGUGUUCGAUCCCAGUAACCCCCAGAAAGAUCAGCUGUCCAGGUUACCGUGA